GACAUGAACUUGAUUGACAUCCUUUGGAGGCAAGAUAUAGAUCUUGGGGCAAGACGUGAAGUCUUUGAUUUAAGUCAACGAAAGAAAGAAUAUGAACUUGAAAAGCAAAAGAAACUAGAAAAGGAGAGACAAGAACAGCUUCAGAAAGAGCAAGAAAAAGCACUACUGGCUCAGUUGCAGUUAGAUGAAGAAACAGGUGAAUUUGUUCCCGUUCAGCCAACGCAGCACAUUAAGUCAGAAAAUACUAGAGCGCCAACCAGUUUUUCACAGAAUACACGUACUUCAAAAUCAGAAGCAGAUGCCUUGUCUUUUGAUGACUGCAUGCAAAUCCUGGCAGAAACUUUUUCAUUUGUAGAUGAUAAUGAGGUUUCUUCAGCUGCGUUUCAAUCACUGGUUCCUGCUCCGGUUGAUAGCAACCCAAUCUUUAUUAGUCCUGAUCAGGCUCAGCCACCCGAGUCAUCUGUCCUUCAGUCCCCAGUCACUGAUGGAGACAGCACACAAAACAUAAAUCAAGUUUGGGAAGAAUUAUUGUCCAUUGCAGAACUACAGUGCCUUAAUAUUGAAAAUGAUAACCUGGUUCAAAUAAUGAAUGCUAUCGCAAGCCCGGAAGCCAAGCCAACAGAGAUGCACAAUAACUAUAACUUCUACAACUCGUUAUCUAUAACGGAAAAAGAUGUUACCUGCAAUCCUGAUUUCCUUGAUGCUUUUGAGGAGGGUCCCUUUUCUAGCAUCUUACCACCAGAAGACCUCAGUCAAUUGAAAGUGAACUCUUCAAAUACUACUCCCUCUUCAAGGUCUGACUUAUGUGAAGAUUUCUAUUCCACCUUUAUUGAUACAAAGGUGAGCAGUGACACAGUAGCACCUAAUGUUAUCAGCCAAUCUCUAGACGAUAUUCUAAGUGAACCCAUUGAUCUUGCAGAUUUCUCCCUUUGUAAAGCUUUCAACAGUGACCUUUCAGGAAAUGCAGCAGAAGGUAAUGAUUCUGACUCUGGUAUUUCCCUGAACACAAGUUCUAGCACAGCAUCACCUGAAUACUCUGGUGAAUUAUCUGUCUGUGGAGAUAAAACUUUUGGGUACAGUGAUUCUGAAAUGGAAGAAAUGGACAGUGCACCUGGAAGUAUGCAACAGAGCAAUGUUAAUGUGUAUUCAUUGCAAUGCCAUGAUCAAAUGUCUCCUGCCCUGGGGCCAAGCACUCGAAAGUCUGAUUUGCAAUAUGCAAACACACCAAAGGGAGAGCUACCUGCCAGCCCAGGCCACCCUAAAGCUCCAUUUACAAAAGACAAGCCUUCUGGCCACCUUGAAGCUCAUCUCACAAGAGAUGAGCAAAGAGCAAAAGCUCUGCAUAUCCCUUUCCCUGUAGAGAAAAUCAUCAACCUCCCUGUGGAUGACUUCAAUGAAAUGAUGUCUAAGGAGCAGUUCAAUGAAGCCCAGCUUGCACUUAUUAGAGAUAUACGCAGGAGAGGCAAGAAUAAAGUGGCUGCUCAAAAUUGCCGUAAAAGGAAACUGGAAAACAUAGUGGAACUGGAGCAAGACUUGGGCCAUCUCAAGGAUGAAAAAGAGAAAUUACUUAAAGAAAAAGGAGAGAAUGACAAAAGCCUCCGCUUAAUGAAGAAGCAGCUUAGCACCUUGUAUCUUGAGGUCUUCAGUAUGCUACGUGAUGAAAAUGGAAAGCCUUACUCUCCUAAUGAGUACUCACUACAGCAAACAAGAGAUGGCAAUGUCUUCCUUGUUCCUAGAAGCAAGAAGCCAGAGACAAAAUUUUGAAGGGCAGGGAGGCUGGCUGACAUUGUCAGAGCUAGUGUUUUUCUAUUGUUAUACUAAUAGCUUUUCCUGUGACUUGAAAUGCAAAAUAGUCAUAUUUUUAAAUGAUUUUAUGCAAAUAGAUCUAAAAGUAAUAACUAGUAUAUGAAAUACAUAAGUUAAAGAACUAUUAGUGUAAUGCGUAUGUAUGUAUGCAAAUUUAUAAUAUCUUUUAUAAACAGCCAAUAUUUCUUUCUUAUAGCACCACUUUGGCUAGUUUCUGUAUAACUGUAAAUAUUUAAAGACACCUUAUUUAUAUAAUGUUUCUAUCCCUUGUUUGUUAUAUUCAUAGAUUUAUAUUAUAUAUGUAUAUGAUUUUUGCCGUUUAAGUAUCAAUUGUUGCCAGCCCAACUGUAUGACUUGAUACUUUUUAUAAAUAUGAAUUGAAUAAUGUUUGCCACUUUUCUUAUAUAUUUUUAUUUGCUUUGCAUUUAAUAAAAAAAGUAGUAUAAAGGGCAACUCUUAAUAAAGGGUAUGAUUUUGAUUGGUUUUAAUAGUUCAUUAAGCUUCUACUGUACUUCACUUUUACCUAUUUAUGGGAAGUACAUUUGAAGGCUACAAUCCUAUAAAAAUAAUUCAUACCUAAUUUAUCAAUUUUAACUUAAUUUUAAUUUAGGAACAUGCUGUAAUCUUAUGGUAAGAUAAGUUUACACAAAAUGUAUGCCCUUUCAUUCUGUCCUUUGGACUAAACGUAUUAAACAAAUUCAUUAUGAGAGCUUUAAUUCAUAGCACAUUAUCUAGGACUAACCACUUUAUUGAAUAGGGAGUGUUUAGAGUUUGAAAGCCUGAAUUACAGGGGCAUAAAGAAUUUGGACAUGUGAGUAAUACUGUUUGUUUACAUUUCUAUAGUCUCACUGAACCCAGGCCACAGUGGAUUUUAUUUAAAUACAGAAAACACAUCAUAUAUUAUAUAUAGAAACAUUUAUUGUUUCCUUUGUGAUGUGCACUAGUCUGGAUGGUUAAAAUCUGGCUGGAUUUGAGGACAGUAUUUUAAAGCCCACAAAAAAUUAUAGAUUUGAAAUAUUUUCUCUAUAAUUUCAACUUCAGGAUUAAACUCCUAAUCAGCCAGAUCUGUAUUUCUUUGAUAUUUCACACAAUGUACUUUGCCAGUACAAAUAUCAAGUUCCAUUCAAGAUUUUGCAAGGCUUAUUAUACAAGCAAUAACACAUGUAACUUUUUAUUUAAACUGACAGUAAAGUGCUUCUGGUGAGAUUAUAACCUUUGAAGAUAAUGUUAUACGUUGCAGUUUUAACUAUGCCAUGACCACACUUGAUGCUAAAUACCUACAUUCAUUCAGCAUUUCUUCUAAAAUAAAAAAUACCAUAUUUGUGUAA